AUGUCUGAUUCAAAAAUCCCCCUCUACUCUAACAAAUAUUUCUUGGCCUGUACUGUAGGAGUCAAACCUGGAUUAUACAAAGGUGUGUUUGAUGGCUGGAGAACCAUCGUCAAGGCAGAAGGCAUGCGGGGUAUCUUUACAGGUAUUGGUCCUACUGCCAUUGGUUAUUCUUUGCAAGGCGCAGGCAAAUACGGUUUCUAUGAAAUCUUCAAGUACAAAUAUGCCAAUUUGGUAGGUGAAGAAAAUGCCAAGAAAUACAAAACAUUCCUUUUCUUGGGUGCCUCUGCCUCUGCUGAACUUAUUGCUGAUGUGCUCUUGUGUCCUAUGGAAGCCCUCAAGGUCCGUAUGCAGACCUCCAUUCCACCUUAUGCCAAAACCACCCGUGAAGGAUUCAACAAGAUCAUGGCUACAGAAGGUAUUAACGGAUUCUAUAAGGGUCUUGUGCCUCUCUGGAGUCGUCAAGUUCCUUAUACCAUGGUCAAGUUUGCUUCGUUUGAAAAGACAGUUGAAUACUUAUACAAGACAUUCAUGACCAAGCCCAAGGAAGAAUACAACAAGGUACAACAAUUGGGUGUAAGUUUUGCUGGUGGUUAUAUUGCUGGUGUCUUUUGUGCUGCAGUAUCUCAUCCUGCUGAUGUGUUGGUUUCUAAAUUGAAUAAUUUGCCUAAACCUGCUCCUGGAGAAAAGCAAGCAGGUGCUAUGGAUGUAGUCAAGAAACUCGGUUUCCGUGGUCUCUGGACUGGCCUUGGACCACGUAUUGUAAUGAUUGGUACAUUGACUGGUCUUCAAUGGUUGAUUUAUGAUACAUUCAAGGUCUCUGUAGGUCUUCCUACUACAGGUAGCCAUUAA